GCUGUGAGGCGUGAUCUUGAGCGCAGACCUCCAGGAGUCACCAGGAGCCGCACCGGGAGCUGCCACCAUGUCGGGAAAUUUUGAGAUCGUGAACAUGGACAUGAAGUUGGGCUCAACCCUGAAGAUCAAGGGCAAGAUCGCCAGUGACGCCGUUGGAUUUGCCCUUAAUCUGGGCCAGGGGUCAUCUAAAGUGGACCUGCAUUUCAACCCACGCUUCCGUGAAUCUGUCAUCGUCUGUAACUCACUGGAUGGCACCUGGGGGGAGGAGCAGAAGGAUGGUCACAUGUGCUUCAGCCCAGGGUCAGAGGUCAAGUUCACCGUGACCUUUGACAAUGACGGAUUCAAAGUGAAGUUGUCAGACGGGCACCAGUUGACCUUUCCCAACAGAAUGGGCCACAGCCACCUGAGCUACCUGAGCAUACAGGGUGGGUUGAGCAUCACCUCCUUCAAGAUCGACUGAGCGGAGAGCACCUCACCGGAGGCGGAGAGCACCUCACCGGA